GCUGCUCCCAGGCGUCAGCGCCGGCGGGCGCACGGGAUUGGCAGCCCCCAGCCUCCGCGGGGGCGCACCCUCCCACCCGAGGCGAAGUUCUGUCCCCGCCCGCUCUGGGUCACCGUCUCCUCCUUUGCGUGGGGCUGGCGGGCCCCGAUCUGCGGUUGUCCCCGUCCUCGAGGGAGUAGGAUCAUGAAGGUGGAGUUCGCCCCGCUCAACAUCCCGCUGUCGCGGCGGCUGCAGACGGCGGCGGUGCUGCAGUGGGUCCUGUCCUUCUUGUUCCUGGCACAGGUGUGCGUUGGAGUCGUUGCGGUACUGAUUAUAUACAACUACUGGUCCCUUUACGUCCCUUAUUUGACAUGGCUUUACUUUGACUGGCACACCCCAGAGCAAGGAGGCAGAAGAUCCAACUGGGUCAGAAGCUGGACUGUUUGGAGGUAUUUUAACGACUAUUUUCCAAUUCAUCUCAUCAAAACCUCAGAUUUGGACCCACAUCACAACUAUAUAUUUGGAUUUCACCCACAUGGAGUACUCGUGGCUGGAGCCUUUGGAAAUUUUUGUACAAAUUACUCAAACUUCACACAGCUGUUUCCUGGCUUCACUGCGUAUCUUCACGUGCUCCCCUUCUGGUUCCGGUGUCCUCUCUUCCGAGAAUAUCUGAUGAGUAGUGGGCCAGUUUCAGUUUCUAAGAAAAGUGUAUCCUACGUAUUGAGCAAGGAGGAAGGCGGGAACAUUUCUGUCAUCGUCCUUGGGGGUGCAGAAGAAUCACUGGAUGCCCAUCCGGGAAAGCUCACGCUGUUUAUCCGCCAGCGGAAAGGAUUUGCUAAAAUUGCUUUGACCCAUGGUGCCGAUUUGGUCCCAGUGUUUUCUUUUGGUGAAAACGAACUCUUCAAGCAAAUUAACAACCCUGAAGGCUCCUGGCUGCGAACCGUUCAGGAGAGACUGCAGAAAAUCAUGGGCUUCGCUCUGCCGCUGUUUCAUGCCCGAGGAAUCUUCCAGUACAAUUUUGGCCUGAUGCCUUAUCGGAAACCCAUCCACACUGUCGUGGGCCGCCCAAUCCCUGUCCAGCAGACUCUGCACCCCACCCCGGAGCAGAUCGAAGAGCUGCAUCAGACCUACAUGAAGGAACUCAGGAAAUUAUUUGAGGAGCACAAAAGGAAGUAUGGUAUUCCAGAGCACGAAACUCUCAUUUUCAAGUGACUUCAGUCUCCCGAGGCAUGAAGGAGGACAAGGGGACGUCCCUUUGAGAGAAUAAAUAUAUUAAAUAAGCCUAUUGGGGUUUUUUUUCCCCUUUUGGACUCCAGAAUCAAAGUUGCAACUGAAAAGUAUCAUUUAUGGUGAGAUGUUGAAGUUUUAUUUGUAAUAAAUAAAAUAAAGUAGGUGAACAUAGGACAGAGUUGGAGAUGACUGUGAUCCUUUUAAUAGUCUUCCUCAUGCAGGGGGACUAAAUCAUUUUACAGGUUAUGAAAAAUUACAAUUUUUUUUUAAAAAGAAAGA